AUGCUCAUGGCCUUGGAUCCCAAUGUCAAGGAGUUGUGUGUCUUUGAUCUCACAGUCGCCGCAGUACCUGCUGCUGGCGUGGCAGCUGAUCUGGGACACCUGGAGAGGAAGAGUGAGGUGAAGGGCUACGUGCUGGACGUCGAUGCGAAACCAGUGGAGAACCUCCAGGAGUGUCUCACGGGAUGCGAUCUGGUCCUCAUCCCCGCGGGUAUGCCCCGCAAACCUGGCAUGACGCGCGACGAUCUUUUUAAGGUCAAUGCGGACAUCGCCAAGAAGCUUGUGGAGGCAUGCGCAAAGUUCUGCCCCGAAGCCAUGUUGGGGCUCAUCGUGAAUCCUGUCAACUCCAUCGUGCCAGCUAUGGCUGAGCUGUACAAGAAGAAAGGUCUGGACCCUAUGAAGAUCGUGGGCAUUACCACCCUGGAUGUGGUGCGUGCCAACAAGUUCUGUGGCGAGAUUGCUGGGAAGAACCCCAACUACAUCAACGUCGGGUGCCGGUGGUUGGAGGCCAUGCUGGCACGACCAUCCUUCCCCUCUUCUCGCAAGACAAGGAGGCCAGCUUGGGCACUGGGCGCCACUCUCCUAGCAGUGCUGGUGGGCAAGCAGCUGGAUGCCUUCUGUGGGCUGAGACCGGCACCUGCCGCGCGGAGCGAAGUCACCCAACUCGGGGCGCAGAAGAGCAGCUCCAGCAUUUCCGGAAUCCAGGCCGAAGAGAAAUUCGAUGGCAUUUUGGAUGAGAUCGAGGAAGCUGCGCUAGUUCAAGAGCUGGAAAAAGGUGAGGUUGAAGAGGAGGAGGAAGAUAGCCUGAAGUGGGUUAAGGAGACCUUCGGCUGGGUCUUGGUGGCGGACGUCUUCAUUGUCAUCGCGUUAUCGCUGUGGCUGGUGGCUGGUGCUGCACUGAAGCAGUUCUUCGGCUUUGAGCCUGUCAUAGCUGCCUUCAUGAUGUACUGGGAUCCCUACUUCCAGAGCAUCAUCGGCAUCCUCUUUGGGGCGCGCAUUACUGGGCUCAUAGUCCAGUGGCUGGAGUGGCGCCAAAUCGAACUGAGUGCCGCUGGUGAUGUCAUGAUUCCGCAGGUGGCCAAAACGAUUGCGUCUGAGAAGAUCCCGGAUUUGGACAAGCACGUGCAAGACGCUGGUACAGACGUGGUGAACGCCAAGAACGGCAAGGGAAGCGCCACGUUGUCCAUGGCCUACGCAGGCGCCCGUUUGGGAAAGUCUAUCCUGGCGGGACUGAUGGGCAAGAAGCGAAUUGAGUGUGCUUACGUGAAGUCUGACAUCACCGAUUUGCCCUACUUCGCCUCGAAAGUCCAGUUCGGCGAGAAGGGCGUCACCAAGGUGCUGCCGUUGGGUGAGUUGAGCGACUAUGAAAAGACGCGCUUGGAAGAGGUUAAGACACAACUCAAGACGGAGAUCGACACCGGAAUGAAGUAUGCGGAGGAUGCCGAUUGUUUGGAACCAACGAAGCCGCCUGCUUCAGCGCCCGCUAGGCUCAGGCUGAAGCUGAUCCAUGGUGGAGAUAGGCCGCUCAGUGAGCCACUGCAGCACCUAGUGACCACACCUGUGCGAACUCGCGGCCAACGUCGUUUUGGCCAGCCUUUCAACCCCAGACAUCGUGCACGCAGCGAUGCCCUCAAGCUAGUGAUUCCCAUUGGUCAACACCCAAGCAUCCAAGAUUUCCGAUAUGAGAUGCGCUCAGACUUUCUCCCAGAACUGUCGCACUUUGAGGACGCUAUCCCCAGCGCAAGCCGCAUAUGGGCCAAAGAUGAUUCAGGAGACGACCUACCCAUAGGUUUAUUCGAAGGUCAAUGGGACUCGGCCUAUCUUUUUACAACCUUUGUGCAGAUAUUGAUUGAGGAGGUCCUAGGGUACCACACCAUUUUAAGCGAAGAGGAUGGUAUCAGUGGCGCCUCCGCCCAUUUCGCCUUAGCGGGAUGUCUCAAUUGGAACAGCGCCCAAAGCAAUGAAGACCGGAAAUGUGACCUCAACGAAACCCGGAUGCACGUGGUCGUUGACGGCUGGAUGUCCAACUGGCCAAGUGAAGCGGCAUACAUCGCAAAGUAUCCACAUUUGGUGCCAGAAGAUUUAGGCAGCAUGGGCUACGACGGUGUGGAAGGAAUCUACGUCACGCACGACAUCAUGAGUGAGGCCUAUGAGUCCGAAGGCUUGGCAUUGAAUUUUUAUUUGAGCUACAACCAGACACAUCACGAUGCGAAACAGUAUUUCGACGGCAUCGCAAACGUCAAUUCUUCGCGGUUACAGUGGUGUAAUAACACCAACCUUUUCAAUCGCGACCACAUGGAGAAUUACCUCCGAUGGACUGGCGAUUCUGAAGGCCUUGUGCAGAUGGAAGAUGGGCGACACGUGGCCAAGUGUUUAAACGGCCUGUUCUGGCUAUCGCCGGCAUGCCGAGCAGAUGCGUCCAGCUGCAUCCCGGUCCUCACCGCCGGGUCAGGCUGGGGGCAUCGAGACAUCAUGCAAUGGGCGACGGCCUAUGCAAUGCCAUUGUCCUUGGGAGUGGCCAAGACCUUUAGCGACGAAGUGUCAAUGGUGAAGGAUGGACGAUUUGUUUUCUAUUGGUAUGAGCCAGAUGCUGCUUUCGCCUUGCUGUCACCCAGCUCAGUGAUCUUUCCACGGCACAGUGCUCAACAAUGGGCUCAAGGAGAUCGGAGGACAGCGCCCAAGGCGGCCUAUGUGAACAAGGCUUGCAGUCGGAAUUUGCAGUACAAGGCGCCCAAGGUAAAGGACUUCCUGAGUAAGAUCAGCUUCGACCUGCAGGAAGCCCAAAGGCUUCUUUCACUGACACAAGGAGGCAUGUCUUUUUACAACGUUUCCUGCCAGUGGAUUCGAGAGAAUCGAAACAGGUGGGCCGACUGGGUCAGUGGUGCUACCAGCUGCUCUGCGGGCUACGGCUUGGCUGCUAUGACAGGUGCAUUCUUAUCUUCCAGGGACGGUGCUUUCAUCUGCAAGGAAUGCCCGGCCGGACGGUUUUCUGAAAGAUUCACCGACGGCGUGGGGUCAGCGUACCGGUGUACGAUUUGCCAAGAAGGCACCAGCCAGAGCAAAGCAGGUGCGACGCAAUGCGAUGCAUGUGCAAAGGGUACUUAUACCAGCGUGCGUGGGCAGACCGGCUGCGAGGUUUGCAGUUUUGGUUCUUACCAGAGCGACGAGGGACAGACAGGAUGCUUAUCCUGCCCAGAGGAUCGAACCACACUGUUCCUGGCAGCGCAAAAGCUGCAGGACUGUGUCUGCAGAGCCGAGUCCAUUGAACAUGAUGGGAUUUGCGUGGAGUGCUCCCAGGGCCUCACAUGUCCCAGAGGAUCCACCGUGCAACUGCUACUGGAUGGUGAAUCUGAGCUCUAUGAAGAGGUGCCCAUGGUGGAGCAAGGCUAUCACAGCACUCUAGAGGCCCCGUUGGAUAUCUACAAGUGCAUCGGCCACUGUCCCGGUGGCCGUCCGGGAACCUGUGAUGCAGGGCGCAUCGGAGUGACCUGUGGCAACUGCCCCAAAUAUGAAUUUAUACAAGACGAGCGAUGCCGACCCUGUCGUCCUGUGCACUCGGCGCUAUGGGUUUUGGCAUGUCCGCUGAUAUUCAUCUUGAUCAUUUGCUCCUACUACAUGUCCAAUAAAGAACACGGCGUCAGGGCGACAGCUGCCUCGUGCAUUUUCCAAUUGUUUGGCCUCAUUCUGGUCUUCUGUGAGAUUAUUGCCGUGGUGCAAUCUGUGGCAGUUGAAUGGCCCAAAGGUCUUGCAGUGGCAUUGAGCUACUUUGAAGUCUUCGGAUUGAGCUUUGAAAGCCUGGGCUUGGGCUCUUUGGCUGGAACUUCUUUGAGGAGCUACGUGGCUCAGAGCUUCUUCUUUCCAAUCUUGGUUGCGGGAUGCUUUGUGGUGCAAGGUUUGACCCAGAUCAUUCCUUUCCCCAAGCGCUUUCUCCACCUGAAAUGGACCAAAACUGCAACCUGCAACAUGCUGGGGCACCUUUUGCAAGAGGCUUACAUCAUGAUGAGCAACAUUGCCUUCAUUCCCUUCAGUUGUUUCACGCAUCCGAAUGGUUCAGAGAGUCUGCUGACCGCCACCAACAUCUUGUGCGGCUCCGCGGAGCAUCGGAACAUGCAAGUCUUUGGCGCGAUCUUGGGUUUGUUGUGCAUGGUCUUCCUGGCGUUAUGCAGCUAUGCUGCGCUGAAAGCCCCUGCCUGGUCAGAUUCCCCUGUUCGAAUGUCAUGCAUUCGUUUUCUCAUCGACCGCUUUCGGCCAGAUGUUUGGUGGUAUGGCAUUAUCCUCUUGGUCCGCGGGCCGCUCCUCUCUAUACCUGCUAUUGUUGCAGCCAACCUGCCAGGCUUGCAAAUGACUGGGCUCAUGGGGAUCAUGCUGAUUUCGGUUUUGAUUCAAGUGCGUUUCCUUCCGUGGAAUGCACCGCUGGCGAAUGUGGCCGAUGCUGCAUCUUGCAGCCUUUUGUUGAUCCUGCUGUCCAUUGGCAUUGCUCGCCUGCCAGCACCUGUGGGAAAAUGGGGCAACGGGGUGUUGGACAUCUCUGGCAUCGUGGUGGCACUGCUGAUACUGGCCGUGUGGGUGGUGGUGGUGCUGGCAGUUGCUAUACUGGUGUUCCGCAAAGCCAUCUUGAAGCGGGAGGAAACAAGGAUCAUCAACCUUGGAAAAUUGGCGCGCUCACGUGAUGUUCUCCUCAUCCUGGAGGAUAUUAGUAGCCAUGUCAACGGAUGGUCAUCAGCGCAAAUGCAACGAGUGGACGACGCAAUCAAUCAACUCUGCGUCUACGACUACCAGGUUCUUUGCACGUCCCUCAUGCUCCUCUCCGUUGAGGUGGGUAUAGGAGGCCGAUCGUCAUUGGGUUCCACCAGCAUGCGAAUCCGGGGGGUGAGCACCAAAGCGCAGAAGCUUCGACAGACCAUGUCGCGACUGAGCCAAGUGGAGAGGGACAGUGAGGCGCCAAGGGCUGAAGCCCCAAAAAACUGGAGGGUCCGUCCGGGUGAAUGA